GUUACGGCUCCUUGCGCCGGUGAGGAGGAAAUAAUCACAGUGUUGCUUCCUCAUGAAUUAUUAAGAAGCCCCCCUCUUUUUUUUUGCUCCAGUCAAAAUGCUGCGUUUUCAUCCGUGGCUGUGAAGCAGAGCAGGAGGUUGUUGUUUUGUGUGUGCGUGUUUUCAUAGGUGUAUUACUGCUUGCGAGCAGGACUCAGCGUGCCGAACAAGUGCUCAGAUGAGCAGUCUGAGCGAGGAACCCGGAGCAGCAGCAACACUGCUGGAACUGAGAGACAGGCAGUCACCUCCACUCCACGCGGCAGCAACAGCCUCUCUCUCCCUCUCUCCCUGCCUUUUUUCUCUUCUGUUCUUUCUGGAGUUGAGAUCUUGUUCGUCACAGCGCAGGAAGAGAAACGUGGGGAGUGAGUGGAACAGGGGUUAAAAGCUACUUACCAAACAUCCCAAGCGCAGACCUGGCUGCCCACAUGCCGAUCGAAUUUGUUUGCAAAAUCAAAUUUGCAGAGGAGGAUGAGAAACAAAAAAGCAACCAGGAUGGGGACAAGGAGAGCCUAAUCGAGGAGAGCUGCAGUCCCCCAGCCAAAGACCUGGCCGGCUUUGCAAAUGCCUGCACGCUCCACGGGAUUAACCAUAUCUUCGUCUCGGGCCGGCUGGGUGUCAGACAGACCCUUUGGGCUCUAGCGUUCGUGGUGUCCCUGGCUCUCUUUCUGUACCAGGCGGCAAAGUGUGCCAUCUCCUACCUGGAGCAUCCUCACGUCACGGCGCUGAACGAGGAGGCCACCCCUGAAAUGGUGUUCCCCGCGGUGACCAUCUGCAACAUCAACCGUUUCCGCUUUUCUGCCCUUACCGAUGCCGACAUCUACCACCUGGCCAACCUCACCGGCUUGCCCCCAAAAAACAAGGAUGGACACAAGCCCACAGAUUUGGAGUAUCCGGCGCCGGACAUGCAGGACAUCUUCAACCGGACGGGUCACCAGCUGGAUGAGAUGUUGAAGAGCUGUAACUUUAGUGGGCAGAACUGUUCAGCUGAAGACUUCACGGUGGUUUAUACAAGGUAUGGGAAAUGUUAUACUUUCAAUGGGAAUAAAACAAACUCCAGGAAGACGAAGCAAGGAGGGAUGGGAAACGGGCUCGAGAUUAUGCUGGAUAUCCAACAGGAUGAAUAUCUGCCCAUCUGGAAGGAGACGAAUGAAACAUCUCUAGAGGCAGGAAUACGUGUUCAGAUCCACAGUCAGGAUGAGCCGCCCUACAUCCAUCAGCUGGGCUUUGGAGUUUCUCCAGGAUUUCAGACUUUUGUUUCCUGUCAGGAGCAAAGGUUGACCUACCUGCCCCAGCCCUGGGGGAACUGCCGCUCCACCAGCGAGCAGAUGAUUCCAGGUUACGAUACCUACAGUAUCAGCGCCUGCCGCCUGCGCUGCGAGACUCUCGAGGUUCUGCGUGAGUGCAAGUGCAGGAUGGUGCACAUGCCGGGAGAUGCCGAUAUCUGUACUCCCAGCAAAAUCAAAUGUGUGGACAAAGCACUUGCGCUGUUACAGAAAAGUUCAGGUGACACAUGCUCCUGUGAAACUCCAUGUAACCUUACACGUUAUGGUAAAGAGCUUUCCAUGGUCAAAAUCCCCAGCAAAGGCUCUGCCCGCUACCUAUCCAGGAAAUACGACAAGUCAGAAGAGUAUAUCAGAGACAACUUUCUUGUCUUGGACAUAUUCUUUGAAGCUCUAAACUAUGAAACAAUAGAACAGAAAAAAGCAUACGACGUUGCAGGAUUAUUAGGUGACAUUGGUGGACAGAUGGGUCUUUUUAUAGGGGCUAGUAUUCUCACCAUAUUGGAGAUUCUGGACUACGUAUACGAGUUGAUCAAACACAGGAUGAAGCGUUUACUCAGACCACAGCGAGAAGACAAGAAACACAACCAACCGCAGCAACAGGCCAGCACGGUCGCCACAGUAAAUCUUGAGGAAAUGAAAGCUAAGGACUCUGGCGAGAUGAGUCGGAGUCACUCGGAGGGUGCUUACGCGAACACCGUCCUCCCAAAUCAUCAUCAUCAACAUCGUACCCAUCGCAGAGUGUUUGAAGACUUUGCCUGCUAGGAACCUGCCCGGCAGCUCUAGUGCUGUUGACGACUACAGAAAGAGUCUCUGUGUACUGAGUUUGGGCUCAGUGAUAGACCCUCAGACCUCAGCGCUGAUCUCUUUUACUGUCACCAGUUAAAGCUACAGCCAAAGUCGAACUCGAAACCCUUGCUUCUAACCGAACGCAGGCACGGAUCGGACAACACAUUGCGUUCCGGCGGGAGACCUGUCUGACACCCCCUUCUCUACCCCUCCUCUCAAUGGAAGUGACAUCACUGACAAAUCUUAGAUUUUUAAAUUGAAUACUUUGGUAUUGGUCCUCUGUAAUAUCAAGGCAUAGAUUGCAUGACAUAGAUCCACUUUAUUUAUUCUUCAGAUACUGUUUAAACAUUACAUUUUUUAUAUUUUGUCAGCUGUUAAGAAUUUUCUUAAGUGAAUUCUCAUCUUGUGAAAUAUUAUAAUACAAAUUAAUCUACAAAUGUAAAUGAUGUAUUUUGAAUCAUGGCUAUCAACCCUUAGAAUCCAAUCGCUUUAAGUAAACCAUGAGAAAGGUGUAGAAUAGUGAGUGUCAGAAAAAGUCAAAUGUAUCCAAUUGGGUAUGUUUGGUAAAUGCUUUCGUUAUCUCAAAUGAUUUGUGAUUUAUUUAACUUAAAGUAUAUUGAAUAGUCCACUAAUUUUGUAAUGUUAUUUAUAGAGAUACAUGUGAGUGGUAAUGGGUGUCAUUAGCAGCAACAACAUAAUCUUUUUGUAAGGUUAUUUCUCUUUGGAGAGCAGAAUGUGUACAGUAAAACCCAGAUGACAUGGUGGUAACCAUAUGGACAGUGUUUAUUUCAACUAUCCAACAGCUGAUGGAUUCACUUUCCCGGACCUCCCAAAUAUGUUUAAUAAAACUGACCUCAUGUUCCUAGUUUAUCUUAUGAAUGAGACCGAGUUAAACAGCCCCACGGAGAAUGGUAUACGAUGUUUGCUCAACACACUUUCGAACUGUGAGUAAUCGCUAGAUGUUUGAAAGUUAGUCAUUGAGUUUUGUUUUUCCUCUGUAUUAGUUGUCAAAGGUGCAGCACUAUCUCCGACAAAAAGCCAGAUGUGAGAAGCAUUUUAAUGAGGAGCCUACAAUUUUUCUGUGUAUGAAAAUAAGCAAGCACUGACAUAUUUCACUUUUCCCAUGUGCUGCCGGUAUAACCAUAGCAUCUAAUGUCAGUAAUGCAUUUGUGUUUACAAAUAUAUUUUUUAUAUUGUCAUGAGUGAACCGUGUAGCACCUCCAGAAAUUCCAUGCACGGUCUUGGCCAACAUUCCAAAUAGUUAUGCACAUUUUUCAAAAAUGUAUUUCCAGCAUAUUCGAUCCAUAAGCAAUGCUUACAAGUGGAAUUGGCAGUGGUUUCAACGAACAAAUUUAAUUUUGUAGUCAGACAUUUGAAGUGUAGUAAUGACAACAGUAUGUUUGUCUGAUUCAUAUUUAUAAUAUGUGUACGAUUUAAAAACAAAAAUCAGUAAAACUAUAUAUUUAUGUCAAUUUCUUUAUUAGUAAAUGCGUUAUAUACAUUUUUGCUAUAUAGAACAUGUUUUCAUUUCCUCUCCCAUGUUAAAUUUUAUAAAUGUGGCACUACAGUAUUAUAAGUCUUAGUGAAACAGAUACGUAUACUUUUUUAGUAGAUACAAUGAGCAAGAAAGACUCAGCAUAAUAAUUUUCAUACAUACAGUGCAUUUUGCAAGAAUGCAUUUCAUUUAUGGAUAUCAAAACCAUGCACUCAUAGUCACAAAGUAAUCAUGGCUAAUACAGGCUUUUAACGUUCAUAAAAUUGCAUCACAGUGACAUUUUUAAAGGUUCCCAGUCAGAGUCUGAUGGUACCCUGAGUCGGUUAUGCAUAAUAAUACAGUUUACUGUCAUAAAUAACUCUGCUCUCAGCGGUGAAUGCAAAAUAGCUGACAUACCAGUGCAUGUCAAAGAACUGCAGUGGAACAAAUCACUCAGAUUUGAUUUGGCAUUAUCUAUCAACCUCAUGCAGUACAGUCGUAUAUUUCUGCACUUGUGGCCUAUCUUACAUGUGCAGAAGGGAUUCCUCCGAAUGUUGAAAUGCAAUUGCGUCUGCACAACUCGGAGGUCCUUUAAAAAGGACUAUAUUUGUACUCUCUGGAAACAGUGUUUUCAACAAAGUACAUGCCAGAAAUUUUGUGCAAUUUAUCAAACGGUGAAUUCAGAUACUUGUCAUUAAAAUUACACUGCCCAAAUAAAUGCUCACACAUGCUUCUACAAUAAUUUUAAUUCUCAGUUGACUUAUAUCAAUUAAAAUUCCUUCACCUCUACUGUUUAAGAUUCAAACUCCAGUUCAAUACUCAAAGCGAUGUUUAGCUUUGUGUCUAUUUAAAAAAUUGUUACAGCUUUGAUGUGCUGCUCAUUUCCACCCGAUUUUGGCAGUCGGACCACCAUUUAGCUCCAAGAGGGGGCCGUAAAAUGAAGCACGGAAGCAGCGCAUAGUGUAAACAGACUGUUGAGAUUUCCACACGAUUAAAGGCAUCAGGACUAAUCAGGCUAAUUACCCAUUACACUCCAGAGCCUAAUGGACUGUGCACAAGACUACACAGAACACAUAAUACAGUUUGUACAAAGGUCUGCUGUUAUGACCGUGGUUUCCGUUAGAACACAUUUUAUAAAUGUAACGAUGGUACGU